AGACUUUUGUUCUUGUUUAUUUUAUUUAAUAAAAAUAUUUGCGUCUAUCGCGAAGAAGUUUAAACUUGACAAUUUUCACGUGGAGAAGCUUCUUAAUAUUUAUACAAAUGUACCAUUAAAAUGUCAAGAAAAUAUCAAUUUUUCAGCUUUAUAUAAAGAUUAUUUCUGUCUUUGAAAUCAUUCUGUUCCCAGUGAAGAAGACAUUAAGUGAAGAUUGUGAAAAAUGUUGAAAUUAUCAAUUAUUUUUGUGAUUUUGGCAGCAAUUUCGAGUGCAUCAGUUGCAAAUCCUAUUGAUGUUCAAGUUGGUGCCAAUGUACAAGUAGUUCCUGAAAUUUCCAACGUUCUCCCGAAUGAUGGCAAUGAUAAGAAAAAUGAGAUUGUUCUCUUUCUCAAGGAAUUGCGUGAUCUGAUUGAUAAGCUCAUUGAAACCUUCUCUGCGCCGGGGGACGUAGACGUUGAUGCUGUUGUAGGUGACUUGUAUAGGGAGACACCUGGACUUCUUGAGAAAAUAGAUCGUGGAAUUUUUGGUGGUUUAUUUGGACAUCUUGGAAUUCUGGGCCAUUUCGGUAAAUCUGGCAAUUAAACUAUACAAUUUUGAUUUCUUCUUUGAGUGUUAAAAUUAAAUAUUAAAGUGCAAUUAAUCAAUUUGACUUCAUCACGAUUCAAUUUCAUGAAAUGUUCUUAAUUACUAAAACUGUUUUAAAAAUAAUUCUAAAUUGGUAAUUUUUUUUAUUUUCGGUAUUUUUCAUUUCUAGAAAAAAGAAUAGAAUGAAUUGAAAUUGUAAAAAAAACCAAUAUAAAUUGUAUAUCUUUUUAACGAUAAAGUGUUAAAGAAUCUUUGAAGCUUUAUUUUUUUGAAUUUUUCUUUUUUUAAAUAAAUUCUUGGACUAGUUUACAUAUAACUUCAUUUGUCUUUGAAAGUUUUCUCUUUCGGUGGAAUAAAAAACUUGUGCCAAAGUAGCGCCUGAAUUGUAUUUUGAGAUGAAGAUUGGCCGAUUGAGUGCCUAAUGGUGGGUGCUUCUUUUCUCAUUGCUUCAGUGAAACGAUAUGUGCGACAGUUUCAGCACAAAUAGGGAAGCAUCGCGCGCGGUGUAUUUAUGCUUGUUAAUGGGACCCUCUCUGCAUGUUGCUUGGGUUAUAUUGUUGAGAGAGCACGAUAUGAAUAAUUUAUGGGGAACGUGCAAAAGGUUUGUUGCUCUCUAUAGCAAAGAGAAUCUUCUGCCGCAAUAGCAUGGAUCACACGAUGUUAACACCAAGAUAAGAUGUUGCUGUUCCGCGAUGCCGAUGAAAGAGUGAUUCAUUUUGCAUCACACCUUUUGGCCCAAUUUGUGAGGGAUUUUCAGCAUGAGAACUUUCCCAAGUAGAUGUGCCUCAAAAUUCCCAUUUGAAUGCAAAAUAAAAAAAUUCUGCACGAGGAAAUUAACCCAAAAAAUGGGAAAUUUGCAUGCAAAAAUGGGGGUGAAAGUGAAAUUUCGAUGUGCAAAAUUUACGAUUUUGCACCCGAAAUGUCCGCAAUUAAUUGAUUAGUUCCAUUUUAUUUCAGCAGAGACAUCGCCAUUCUGGCUGUAAAAGCUCAGAAGAUAAUUUAUGGGAAUUAUUCAUUGAAUUACAUUUAUUCUAAUUCACUUGAUACAUAAGCGUGAGAGAGAAAAUACACGCGAAGCUGCUAAUAAGACGCGGAAUUUAAUCAUAAAUUCACAACUAGCAAAAGCUCUCAGAGCAGACAAUUCCGCGCACCGUAUCAAAAUCCAAUCACGCGAAUUAACUCUCAAGUCAUUUUGUAUGUGAAUUUUAAUCGUGCAGAAUUGAUCAAUUUCUGUUGCUUUGAGCAUCAACACAACAACCAGCAAAUUGCCAAUGAAACAGCCCAUUCAUAAAACAUGAAAGGCCACAUUUGCAGCGAAAAUUUUCGUUUACAAAGAAUAAAAUGCCCCGAAAGAAAGCACACGAGCCACCCAAUUGCCCUUUGUAGAGUUCAACAAUGUACCGAGACACCUCAAUAGACCUUUGCAUGUUCCCCCAUUGUCCGGGAAAGAAAUCAAUUUUAUUACAAAACACAACCCAAAAUCAUUUGUGAUUCAAAAGAUUCGGAGAAAUUUUUUUUCAUUAUUUCUUUCCACAAGCCAUCGGUCAAAAUAAGAUCAAGAUCAAUUCAUUAGUGUCAUGGGCUCUUGUUGGCACAAAGUUUCCGCUUAAUGCUCUGCAGCUUUGUGCGCGCGAUCACACUGCCAUUGGAGAAGAUGGGUAGGGCUUGAACCCAGAGAAGCGGAUUAAUUCAAUUACACCACAUGGUGGCGCACAAAAAAUGAAUUGGAAGAUGAAUGCGACAGCUUAAAGCAAUCAAAUAGCCAUAAGACUAUAAAGUGCACUGAGAGAAAAUUUUUUUGACUCACUCACUAAGACUGGCCGAAACGUGCUCAUUUUUGGCUUAAAAGAUGGAAGAUAGUUUGAGACUCAAACAUUUCUGCUAAAUAUCAAAUUAAAGUUUUAAUCAAAUGAAUUUCCGUCAGCGAUAAUUUCGUAUAAAAGGUCUAAAAGUUUAGACAAAAAUUCAAAUUAUAUUUUAAUUUAACAAAUUCUUUAGACUUUUAGGUUAUUCAUCAAGUAUUUUUUACAAGUUAGACAUGUCUAAAAAGACAUUUUUUGUUGUUAAUUAGGUGGAACAAUUUUCGUCGAAAACGAAUAUGCAUUGCUAUGAAGUCCAGAUAAUUAAAUAAGUAAGAGUUAAAGAAAAUUAAAGAUCAUAAUAAAAAAAAUUAAAAAAAAAAAAAAAACAAACAAAAAAAUAAUAGAAUGUUGUAUUUAAUUUUUUCGUCUAAAAUUUCUCGACGAAUUCAACUUUAAUUGUUGAAAAAUGUAAAGUAAAAUAUUAUUAGCAAAUAUACUACAAUUAUUUUGUCCAAACAAUUCAAUACUAUUUUUCAAUAAGUUAAGAAAGGAAAACAAACUGGUAUAAUUUUAGACGACUUUACUAAUUUUGAAAGAAAAUCAUCUCAAUUUUUUUUAAACGAAUCCUCCAUGGAUAUAUCACUGGAAAAAUUUUAUAAUCUCUCUCAAACAUUAAACGAAAUUUAGACGAGUUCGAUUUGCUGAUGAAAAAUCCAUUUCUGUUCAAUAAUUUCUAUCAGUGCACCCAAAGCACAGAAAGGAAUUCUUAUAAGCAAUGAUGGUGUCCAACUUUCUUCUUACUGCUCGAUGUUUUUGCACCUUCCGAAAAAUCGCUUAAUUGAUUUCCUCACUGGGUGAGGAGAUUUCAAUUGAGGUGAGAGAUUUUUACGACAAGAAGACAAGAGUGGUGUGUGGAAGAGAAGAAAAAAAAGAACGACCAGUACUAAAAUUUAAAUGUUCUCCGCCCGAAAAAAAAGGGAGCUUUCGUUUAUUGUGGGCUUGUCAGAAGUGGAAGCGGAAUGUAAGAAAAGACGACCUCUUGUCUUUUAUUUUUUACGCUCUCGAUGGCUUCUUUUUAUCAUCUCGAUAAUAUUGUAGGAGAACAACAAAACAAAAAAAAUUCCAAAGCGUUUGGUGUGGAAAAAAACACAAAGUUCCCAUGGAGUGGGCACGGAAAUAAAAGAUGCACCACACAAUUACUUUCAUUAUUCCUUCUCUUUGCUCUCUUGGAAUGAAAUUAAAUUGAAAUUACGUUCACUUGAAUGAAAUGGAAACUGCGGUGGUUUUUUUUACAUGUGGUUUCAUUGCACUUUUCAGCACAAUCACUGCGCGCGAUUUGGGAUGGUCUACUCGAGUGAGUUUUGUUCUUGGUCUCGUUUGGAUGGAUUCUCUCUCCGUUUGCAGCUGAUGGGGCUUUUCAGUGGGAAAGUAAAGUGAACUCGGUACAAGCUGAUUGGAUUUCUCUAAAUUCAACUUCUUAAAUUACAUUUAAAUUAAUGAGAAAAAAUACUUUUUGUGAUUUUCUUUUAAACUGAAAAUACGUUUCGGAAAUUUUUGUAUCCUUUUUCAGGUAGUAAAAUUUUUUUAGCUGUGAUUCUUUCGAUUUUUAAUCAUAAAAGGCGUAGAAUCGGAAGAAAUAUUUGAAAUCCUAGAAUUGUCUGUUAUCAACAAAUUCAUUAAAAAAUAAAUCAAAUUUAAAUCUCUUUAAAAAAAAUAAGCUUUACUCAACGAAGCACAGUUUCUGUAUAAUGUAUAAUUAAAUAAUUAAAUAAUUUUAUAAUUAAAAGUAUUUAAAAAUAAAAAAAUUAAAAUGAUAAGAAAAUUAAAUGCGUAUUAUUACUGGAGAAUUGUUUUUGCUCACAAAAGACGUUAUGCACGGUUACUAUUACAAUUUAGACAAUGCUUUUAGAACAAAACAUUUAAUGUUAGAAUUUUUUAUUUAAAAUAGUCAUUAAGAACUUUAUACGAAUUUUAUAAAGUCUUUUCUUUAUUCUAUCACAAUGCUAUAUUUUAAUUUUAAAUGAAAACGGCACAACGUCCUUUUGCAAAUUAAUUUAAUUCCACAAGCACUUGCAAAAUUUUUCAGGAGAGAUUUCCCUUUAAAAAUUGAGUGAAAAAAAAUACACAAAUGUAGCACAAAAAACUGCGGGUCUUCACAAUCAUCCACAAAUCAUUCACAAUCACGAGCAUAGAACCAUUACCAAAUUAGCAAGAAGCGAAACAGCAAAAGGAGUGUUGAAUGAAAAUUUGUACCAUUUUUUGCUGCAAUCGCCGUGCAAAGAAUAAUCCAGACUGAAGAGUGUUUUCAGGUGUAAUCCAAAAAAAAAUGUGUUGGGUUGUAUGUGCCUCCCAGUGAGUGCGCUAAUCGAAUUAUUUCACACAAUUUGCAAUUAUACGGGCGAUGUUGCGAAAAGAAAUUUAAAACAAGAAGAAAAAAACAGAACACAAACACUCUUUUUUCUAUAUUUUUUUCGUAUGGCUCUUUACGCGGUAAUCAAACCAUUUCACACGCACGGAAAAAUGUUUGCGGACACCGCCAGUGUGUCUUCCUCGUAACGACUCUCGAGUCCAAUUGCGCUCACGAUGGUUUGCUUUUUGUAUGUUUUUCUUGUAUAUUUGUAUGUCUUUUUUCUUUCUUAAAUUGAAACCACUCUCACACCGGAGGAACACCUUUUCUACGUUCCACUUUGGCCGAAGAAA